AUGCUGCCGAACCUGUCGGACAAGUGGGGGGCAAGCCUGCAAGUGAUGCUACCCAGCACCUCGGAAUCUGUCGCCGUCUCCACUCGCCGAAACGCGCUGCUUGAGCUCAGGAAGGUCGACUCCAUCCGCGUCUCAGGCUCCGGCAAGGGCAGCAGCGUCCGCUACGGAGUUGAAGUGACUCUGUCCGAGUUCAAAACGCUCGCCAACGAACUGCACGGGAUCGUGAACUCGGCGCACUCCGGCCAGCGCUGCGAGUUCUGCUCGGCGGUUCUCAACUGGUACGUCUUCGGCGAGAACCCUGAUGGCUUCCUGCUGCGGUUCGUCGGCUCUGAACGGGUUGCGCGCAAACUCACCAAGUUCCUGGAAGACUUGCUGGCGCUGAGUAUCAAAUACACCCUCGUCGACGCUCAAGGCUGCUGCUCCGGACACAUGUCCAUGCCUCAAGUCGUGCACAAGUUCCUGUUCAACCCGCCAACGUGUGAUACGCCGUAG